AUGCCAGUUCAGUCCGCUUCAGAGUUCACGGAUGAUACUCAAAGUCUAGGUCGUUCAGCUGAGUCACCUUCAACCCUUGAAUUAGCAUCUUACAGUACCAGUUCACCAAAACCUCCCCAGGAAAUGUCUUCUGCACAGAUGGAGGGAUGUCUUCUUUGUGCCUGCUCAUUUUGUAAGACAACUUUUAGAGGCAAUGAAGAACUUCUAGAGCAUCUCAUAGUCCAUCAGCAUUCAACUGCUUUUGCUCCUGAAAAUGAGUGCCUCAGUUCUGAUAAUGAGGGUGUCAAAUCAGAUGGGGAAGGUCUCGACCAAGAUUCCUUAGGCCACAAUGAAGAUCCCACCACUAAUAUAGACAGUGACAACAAACCUGUUGAAUGUGAGGUGUGCCCAUACACCUGUUCUACUUCAGAGGAAUUGGAAAGCCACUUGACUAAACACAGGGAUGCAUACCCAUAUCAUUGUUCAAACUGUGGAAAAAGAUGCAAGAAGACCUGGUGUUUAAAAACCCAUGCAAUAACACAUGGUGGGACACUGAAGGGACGGAAAAAGAACAGAAAAUCAAAGGACAUUAAGAAUGAUCAGCCAGGACUUGAUGAACCUGUUACAAUAAACGGUGUCAUUCAAGAACAAUCUGACAAACCGCUAUCCAAUACUUUGAAAAAGUGCAUGUUUUGUGGCCUUUUUUAUACCAAAAAUAUCCUUAGAGAGCAUUGUAAAAUACAUAUUGCAAAAUCUGAUGCUACUAAAAACCAUUCAAGUGGACCAACACCCAUUUCUCCACCUUCAACCCUCUUUGCAAAUGGGUCAAACCAACGGAUUCCAGAGACAAAUAAUGUUUCUUUUUCAUCUGAUGACAAUAAGCUGAAUAAAGAAGAAUGUGAAAAGGGUCUCUUCAUGGGUUUUCUUAACCUAAAGCCCAAAUCAUCUUCUCCAGAGAAACCAAAACAAUCCGUAAUGUGGAUCGCAGCACUGGAUCCAGUGGUCAGUUGUCAAACAUGGCGAUUGGACACCACAGGGAAAUUGGAUGACCGUGACGAGAAAACAAAAGAAGCUAUACACAGAGCAUAUGCUGAUGCAGAUCCUUCAACAGUCAAGGGAAGAAAAAGAAAAAACAGUGUGAGAAAGGGUGAACCUGUGAUUCUUGAGAUUAAGGAUGCUACACAAAAUGUUCCGUUGCUCGACCAAUUUCAUGAAAAUAGUCCAAAUGAAGUGCCUUCACCAGAUGGACAACAAACUGCACUGACUGAGAAUGACAGGUCAACCCUCUGUAAAGACUGUGGGAAAUAUUUUAAAACCUAUCACCAGCUUGUGUUGCACUUACGAGUGCACAAAAAGGAGAGGAGUGAUUCUGAAUGUUCCUCAAUGAGUAGUGCAAGUGGAAGUCCUUCUGUUUCUUCAGAUACCGCAGCCAAUGUGGAACAUCAACAAACCCCAAUGCAAGUUAGUUUGGGGGAAAUGCCAGAAGAUACAAGUAGUGAACCCAUGCAAGCAGGUAAGACCUUCAUCUGCUACGAUCCUCACAAUUUUCAAAGUCUAACAAAUUAUGUUAGAAAAAAGGUUCAGUGUGCAUAAUUAUUGGAUUUUUAUUUUUUAUUUUGCAAAUUGCAACAAAAUUAAAGUUUAGGACAAUGGCUCCCUCUUGUGGCAGAUCCCUGAAAAUUAUGCAUAGAAGUCUAUUCUGCCAAGAAGAGCUAGAUAGAUAUGUGAUUGCUUCACUUUUACCCUUCUGAAAACAAAUAGCUUUUUAUAUCACAUCCAGUGAUUCCUCAUUAUAAAAUAAAUAACCCUUUCCCACCCCAUUCUUACUCCUGAUGAGGAAUCGCCUUGUCAAACCUUAAAAAAACUAAAUGUCUCCUCUAACAAGUGGCAUUGCCCUAGUGGAUGGAAGACUGCUUUAGGAUGUUAUUUUAUUUAGUUAGUUUAUUUCUAAAAAAAGAAAAUGCACAAUGUCACUUGCGUGGAUAAGUAAGUGUAUAAUUGAGAAAUUACCAUUAUAAGAGUACUCUUGGGAACCAUAAUUAAUGUUGCUUUUUCUGUUUUUGCCUUUCCCCAUAUCCUCUUAGAAAAUAUUGAAGAUCAUAACAACAAGAAAAAGAAGAAAUCCCAAUCUCCGAAAUGUACUUAUUGUGGAAAGAGUUUUGGAUCGAAUUACUAUUUGACUGUCCAUAUCCGUUCACACACGGGUAAGUUACAUUUAAGAUAGUUUGUUAAAGUCUUCUAAUGGACAUUCUGAAAUCCUUAUACAUAUCCGUUUAUAAAAAAAAAAAUAUAUCAAACAAUUACAAUAUUAAAAAUUUAAAUGUCAUAAUAUUAAAUUAAUGUAAAAGUGGAUCCAAACAUUUUAUUGAUAUGAAAAGCUUCUCCCAGAAAAACUAAAUCGAGGCUCAUUUUUUCCGGAUACUUCUAUGCAAGAUUUAUUUGGCCCUUUCUUAAAAGGUAAUAAAAAAUGUGAAUUUUAACAGACCAAACCGUUUCAGGGCUUUCGAUUGCACUCAAUGACUAGUCUACAUGUUGGGGUUUAUUUUUGCUACCUCCUCUAUAAAUUAAUGUAUAAUAAUGCCUUUUGACAGCUCGCUUCUAACAGAUGUUUUUAUCAUUGCAGGCGAAAAACCUUACGAGUGUGAAAUGUGCGAUUAUACCUCAGCACAAGCCACCUCUUUAAAAUACCAUUUGCGACACCAUCAUCACUUUAAGGAAGAAGAUGCCAGUGCUAAAGUGAAGCAGAUGAGUAAAAUUGUUUCUCAAAAAUCUGCCAACUCUUCAUUAAAAGAAGCCAGGCCAGAUAGUGAGGAAGUGAAUACUCCUAAAGAGGACCGCAAACCUCCAAUGAAACCAUAUAAACUUCUUCAUUCUUUGCAAAACACACCUGGAGAUUUAAAUCCACCUUUAGGAAAUGGGGACCCUGUUAGACCACCACUCAUCCUUAAUGGUGAUGUUGAUGAAGCACUACCUGGCCAGUCUGAAUCUGAAGAGAUGGAAGUGACUGAUGACCUUGGACUUCAAGGAAGUCAUGCAACCCCUCCUGUAAAUCUUCUGUCAUUGCCAUUAAAUUUGAGUUUAACUGCUGAAGAUAACCAAAAAUAUCCUGCCACGCUUGCCUUCCUGAACAUUAAUAAAUGCCAAUAUUGUAGCUACAAUACUUUGUACCCUGAAGUUUUGGAAAUGCAUAAUAAGCUUUCUCACAAAUCAUGUAUUGCUCUGGAGAAUGGAACCAAAUAUAAAAGCACUGGACCUUCUAUUAAAAAGAGACGUACGGGAUGCCCUGCUGCAUUAAAUGGAUUUGACAUUUCACCCUUACAGCAAGGUGGUCUUAUAGCUAAUGGUCCAACGUCACAGCCCAAGCUUCUCCUCAAUGAAAAGGCUAAACGGGCACCUGCUUUACCCUCUGUACCAGAUAUGAGAAAUAUAGAUCAAGAGAACUAUGUACUGCCAGAAAGACAACACAAUGGUCUUCCGGGAAAUAAUUUUUCUUUAUUGCAGCACGAUUUGCAAAGAAUUUCACAUCUUGUAGAGCGAAUGCAAUAUCCUGAACCUAACCGACCAACUUGCAAUGGAUCGAAAAAUCCCACCGAUGGAAAUACUGUGCAUAAAUCUCAAUAUACAUGGUCUGGUGACAGAUCAUUUACUAAGCCCAUGGACUCUAACCUAGAGCCGUAUGCCAAGAAGGCUAAGCGCAGUAUGACAAAUGACUUGACAAAUUCUGAUGUGGCCAAGAAAGGACUUAAUGCUUUGGAUUCCUGUAUUUCUGCUCCUGAGCUGGUUCCCGGAAAACCUUCAACCUUGACUUUGCCUAUCAUAGGGGUUGAACCAACACCUGUGCAUGUUCCAAGUGAUCAGUCAUCUGAUCUGGCAUCUACCUCUACUACUGAAGGUAAACACCAUUUACUUAAUCUAUAGUUAGGGGACUUAAAGCACUGACAAGGUCAUAUUCUUAAAAGGUCAUGUGAUUCAACUUCCGUUCAGUUGUCUGAAAACAACUGAAUCUCUAACUCCGCUGAUUUAGGUUUUCAUGAACAGUAACCAAUUUUUCUUAAUUUGUUUAAUCAACCCCCUCUUACCCCCAUACAGACAAACAAAUUGUACCCAUACCUCACAUGAGCCCUAGUUUAGUGUGUGUGUGUGUGUGUGUGUGUGUGUGUGUGUGUAUAUGUAUAUGUACAUAAUUUUUAUUUACUUUUUUUUUUACCUUGAAGAUAAGUUUGGCUGGAAUUUGAUUUAACUACAGUUGCUAUGACAUCCUUUUGAAAAUAGCAGGGUCUAUUUUGCUUGGCUAGGUUGAUUGUGAAAACACAGACUUAGAUCAAUUUCUCAUUUUAAUGCUGGAAAAUUAAGUUGUUUGAAAAUAGAUAAAUUUCCCUUCGGGAAUUCAGCAGUUUGUUAAAUUGAUCCAUUAACAUUUUUUUCUUUCUACUGUCUUGCAGUUAUUAUCAUAUUAUGCCUUCUGUUUGUAAUAGACUGAUUAAAUGAGAGAGAGAGAUAUAUAUAUAUAUAUAUAUAUAUAUAUAUAUAUAUCUCUCUCUCUCUCUGAUGUUGAAUUGUAUUUUAAACUUCCAUUUCAUUACCCAUAGGAAUUAGACGCUCUUCCCGUCGUCGAGGAAAACGAGAUUCCGUACUCAAGGAUAAACGAUUUUGAAAUGUCACAUUAUUUAAUAAAAUAGGUAAGCUAAAGACACAAGCUAUUCAUACUUCUUUUUAAAGGGACACUAUAGGCACCCAUGUGCACUCAUUGAAGUGGUCUGGGUGCACUGUCUUAAGUCCCUUAACCGUGAGCAGGUAACUAUUGCAGUUUUUAGGAAACUACAAUAAUUACCUGCUAGGGUUAACUCCACUUCUAGUGACUGUGCAAGUGCAGCCAUUGCCAUGCAUACGCAUUAGGACCUCCCCGCUGGCUGACGUCAGCAGGGAAGGAGAGAAGGCGCUGGACCCAGGUAAGUGAGGGGGCCUUGAAUAAGGGGGAAGCUAUAGUGCCAGGAAAGCUAUUUUCCUGGCACUAGAGUUUCCCUUUAAAUGCAGUCAUACUAUUAACCUGAACUAAAUAUGUCCAGUUAACCACUUAAAAACUUCUAUAACUGGCAGAAUAAAGGCCUUUUGGCUUACAAUUUACCAUAAGUUGAACAUGUUGCCCACACUCUAAUAAUUAAAUUUAACACAAUCCACUUUUUUUUUUUUUUUUUUUUUGUGAAUUUUAAUGCUGAUCUUGUUGUUUAAUGUUACUUAAUUUGCAAUUUAAUCCUAUUUUUUUUUUUUUUUUUUCACAUUUAUUUUAUAGAUCUUUUUUUAAUUGGAUUGUUGGACAUACGCUGGAAGGCUUUGUUGAAAAAACGUAUGCCAGAACUUUCAGGAACACUGUGAAUGUGCUGAGAAAAGACACUAAUUUUUGUUUAUUAUUAUAAACUGCACAAAAUGUAAAUAUUAUCUGGACUAAACUUUUUGGAAUGUGUUUUCCAUAUGUACAUAUAUUUUUGAGAGUUUAAAUAUUUUAUUUAUUUUUUUUUUAAAGAAAUUGACCAAAGAUUAGGGACACCUCUUUUUAUGUAUUUGUGAAGCCCUGAUAUUUUCUAAUGGAUUUUAUAUAUCCAUAAAGGAAUUUAUUUUUCAUAUCUCUAAAUUAAAUGUAUAGAUUAAAAAUGUAUAAAAGGAUAGAAAAUGUGAAAUCAUCCUGUGCAGUGAUAUUUUCCAGGACUUAUUGCAUAUAUGUGUACACAUUCAGCUCAGGUAUAUUGUGUGAGAAAAUAAAAGGAAAAACUGAACUCUUUCUGGGUAUGUGUCACUUUAUAUUUCUGUGAAUAUUUAUUUUGCAAAGUUUAAAUUGUUUUUAAAUACUUAAUGUCACCUGAUGUUCUUUAAUAUGAGAACAUAUUGUGGAAGAACAUGUAAAACUCUGCCAAUUAUACAGAUGCAGCACAUGUAACCUACGGUGUGUUUAAGUUAAUUUAAAAGAGAACCGUGAUUAACUUUUUUUUUUUUUUUUUUAUAUUUAUUCUUUUCACAUUGCAUGGAUGGCUUAUUGGCCUAUCGCUUAGUCUGAUCUUCCAUCCAUAUCUGUAUCGAUUGGAUUGAGUGUACAAUUGUUAGGAGACACGUCCUCUUUAAUUUUGCUUAAAGUGACAGGUCCACUCAAAGAUCUAUUGCAAAAAGUUGAUGUGGUUUAUAUAAAAAUGUAAUAACCCAUCCCCCUCCUCAUGUCAUUUAUUUUACCAGCAAACCUUGCUACAACUAAUAUAAACCAUAGUAGCUCCAAUAGCCACUUUAUGGAAAUAUGUUGGUAAGCUGUAUGUACUGUUGCCCACUUACCACCACAUUCUGUCCCUCUCCUCUGUCUCUAUAUGACCAAUGUAGAUGGUUUUUUUUUUUUUUUUUUUUUGGCACUAAAAAUGUUAAAAGAUGAAGCUCAGCUUCUGUUAACUGCUUACUAGAUACUUUUAUCUAAACAUAUUUUUAAGCCUCACACUUGGCCAGACAGAACAUGUGGCGACACGGUACAGCAUAUAUCUUAUUAUUUUUUUUAUUUUGUGGACCAUUUCUUAGUGUAUAUUGUUUGGCAAGUUUUCUGCUUUGAAACUUGUUUCUGUUUUGUUGACAUUUAUAAACGGUUGUAACACCGUAUUGUAAAAAUCAGCUGUUCUAUUCCAUGGUGUCUCUCUGGUCCUUGACCAGUACAAACAUCCCAGAUUUUCUGUGUCGUUCUAAAAAGGACCAGGUUUAUCAAUCUCCUAGUCCAGGAAUAAACAACCUUCAGCACUGCAGAUGGUUUGGACUACACCUCCCAUGAUCCUUUGCCAGUAAGAGCAUUGUGGGAGAUGUAGUCCACAACAUCUGGAGUGCCGAAGGUUGCCUACCCCUGUCCUAGUCAGAUAGUUGGGUGAUCUGUAAAACCUGUUUGUACUUCACCUUUGGCCGGUUCUUCUAAUGGUUAUAGUUAUGAUGAGACGUUUUAUUAAUGUAUUCUCUGUGUGAUGAUUUGUAUUUGGUGCCCAGAUGUUUCCGAACUAAUGUACACCUCUGGUAUACUUCCUGGACUGUCUGUUUAUAAACUUUGAAAAAAUAUUAAUAUUUUUUUUUUUUUUUUUUCUCUAUUGGCAUGUGAAAUAUUUAAUGAAGUGUUACAAAUUCCUUGAUGUUCAAAUCUACUGUUAACUAAUUUCUAUAUUUUUGCACUCCGGUUUAGAAAAAUACAAAGCGGUCUGUUCUUUAAAAUGUGACUUUUGGACUAAAAUAUCCAAGCUGGAUAGAAAAAAAUCAUUCAAUAGUGUUGUUCUGUGCUUGGCUAAGCUUUUUCUCCUUAAUUUCAGAGUAAAGGCCAUGUCUGUUCUAUUGAAUAGACCCAAAAUGUAUUACAUUGAGGUGCUGUCUCAGAAAAUUCACAUUAUGCCUUUAUUGUAUUUAAACUGAGCCACAUGUACAUAAAAUAUGUUUUAUAGUUGCACCUUCUAAUAUCUCUUUUUUUUGUUGUAUUUAUAUUGAAAAUGUGGAUGAGUUUGUUGCAUCUUAAACUAGUAAUGUAAACUAUACUGGACUGAUGUUAAGACUAUAAAGCAAUAUUUCAUAAUCUGUGUAAUACCCACUGAAUCAUUGAAUGGUCAGACCUUCAGUAUUAUGGGAAUACUCCUGAUCUGAUUCCCUUGUGUUCUCCAUGAUGAUAAUGUUUCUUUUUUUUGUUGGUGUGCUGUGAUGUUUGUGAGAAUUGAUGGAUGUAUUUGCAUAUGUUCCAUUUGUAUUAUAUAUUGAUUUGCAAAUAUAAGUGUGGUGUUUUUAAAAAAGAGAAAAAGAAAAAUGUGUCCUGUUUAUUUAUUUUGGUGUUCCAGCUUACAGUUUGUGUGUGUGUGUGUGUGUGUAUAUAUGUGUGUGUGUGUGUGUGUGUGUAUGUGUGUAUAUAUAUAUAUAUAUAUAUAUAUAUAAUUGUUUUUUUCUUUUUUUUCUUGACCCUUCAAAAUAAGAACUGUCCCUUUUUUUUUUUUUUUAAUAAUUAAAAAAAAAUAAAAAAUUAAAUUUUGUAUCGUUAUAUUUUUUUCGCAUAAGUACUUUGACAUUAUCUCUCCUUUGAUAACUUUAACAGUUGAAAUAAAAACCUAAAGUGUGAAUUGUUUGGAAAUUUUUUUUUUUUUUUGUGGGGGAGGAGGGAGGAUGAAUUUGAUUUACUUUGAAUUCUUGCAUAUUCACACUUUACUAAAUAAUCCUGUUAAAUGUAGGAUUUGAACAGAUAUAUCCCACGGAUGAUCUUUGAUUCAACAUACAAAAUAUAUAUUACCCCUGGGAGGGUGAGAAGCCUGAUUUUAUGUUCGUUUGUGAGUGCACUUAUUUCUACUAAAUACCACUCAUUGAAUUAAAACUGUAUUACGCUAUGUCAGUUUUUUUAUACAGAUUCCACCUACGCAUAACUGAUUUCAGGUUAUCUGUAUUUUUAUAUAUAUAGUCACGGAUUGGGAGGUGUUUCCACUUUAUGUUUUUUGAUUGUAUAUGUUUUAGGUGUCAGUGAGGUACACCUGGGACUUCUCCCUAAUAUACGGUUUCUAUUACACUCUUUAUAGUAUGUAUACUUUUUCUUUUGUUUAUAAAAGUUACAAAUUAACCGUCUUACAGCCCCCCUGGUUGUCAAUCAGACAACCGGUCUUGUUAUUUACUGGUUUGUUUUGCUCAAUGGAGUUUCACUUAAAGGGAUUCUCCAGUGCCAGGAAAACAUUUGUUUUCCUGGCACUGCAGGACCCUCUAGUGCCCCUCACCCUCCCAUCCCAAGUUGCUGUUGGGGUUAAAACCCCUUCAGUGACUUACCGUAGUCCAGCGCCGAUGUCCCUCAGCGCUGGGUCAGACUCUGCCUAUGCUCCUCCCCUAAUGCGCAUGCGUGGCCAUCGGCGGGUGAGACCUAAUGGGCACACGUAUUAGACCUCCUCAUAGGAAAGCAUUAUACAAUGCUUUCCUAUAGGGAUUUCGGCGACGCUGGAUGUCCUUACAUAGCAUGAGGACAUCCAGCGUCGUUUUAAAACACUUUUUGUUUUCUAUGAAUACGGAAGUCUCAACCCUGCAAUGUAAAUAUUGCAGUUUAUGAAAACUGCAAUAAUUACACUUGCAGGGUUAAGGGUAGUGGGAGUUGGCACCCAGACCACUCCAAUGGGCAGAAGUGGUCUGGGUGCAUGGAGUAUCCCUUUAAGAGGCAGCAAUUGCCCAGAGCACCUGUCUAAUUGACCCUCAUUAGGAAGUCUGUGAUAGGACAGACACAGAAAGCCUGGGCACGGGUUUGAAAGGGAGGGCUUGCAAAGGCUUCAGACAAGAGAUUUGAAGCUUUUGCAAGCUGUUUUAAGAUAGAACUCCAAUGAAAUAAUGCAUUAUUAAAUGCAUACAUUACUUUCAUUGUGGUAAAACGGGAGUUUUUAUUUUUUUAGUGUCCCUUUAAAGUUGACCUGUAUGUUCUGUGUGCACGCAGUAUAAGAUGCUAUUCAGACUGUUUCUUUUUUAAGUAAAGUGAUAAAAAAAAAAAUAAAAAAAAAAACAAGAUUGUAUUAUUUGUUUGUUAGAAAUAUAGUGAAGGAUGUUAUUCUCCCUUUCCUUUAACAAUUGGAGAACACAGAAUUAUGGAGACACAACUAAGUGAAGGCAUGCCCAUAGCUUUAUUAAGAGGCUUAGUAAGUCUUCGCUUUCAUACAGAGACAGAAGCAAGCCCAUGCCAUUCUACAGAGGCAGAGUAAAACUAUGGGCCUCUGUAUAAAGCCAUAUGCAUUGCCGUUUCUGUGCUCUCCAAUGUUUAAACAAAUAAAGUAUUUUGCUGUGAAGAGAAUGAAAAUUGCUGCCCCACGUUACAGCGGUUUUAAAAGUCACCAAACCCUUUUCACUCCCUGCUCAACAGCAUAAAAAAAACAAUAAUAAAAACUAUUUGCCUACUGAUGUGUGGGGUAUGAAAAGUGCUUCCAUGCCAAAACAGUGGGUUUUCAAUGUCAGGAGCAAUUUUCACAUACUGUACAACAUUAUAAUAAAAAGUAAAACUAAAAACUAAUGUGUAAAAUUAGUUUUCAAAAUCACCGGGGGCUGCACUUUUCACAUCCUGCACAACUGCAUAAAAAAAAAAGAAACAAACUAUUUUUAAAGUUAAAUCUGUUAGCAGAAAGUUGUGUAGGGAGUGCAGAGUGCUGCUAUGCCAAUGCAGGUGGGUUUCAUAGUUACUAAGAGCAGCCGUUUUCAUGUACUGCACAACAGCAUAACAGGAAAUCUACGAAACAACGCCCUAAUUUGGUAUUUUUACAUAGGCAAUUCCACAUAUGGGCACCAAAUUAGGAAUCUAUCAACUAAACAGUGUCCUAAGUAAGGGAACCUCACAUCAGGGUGCCAAAUUAAGGGAGCUAUCUACUAAAUAGCACUCUAAUUUGGAAUCUCACAUCAGGGUAUUAAAAUAGAGAGCCAGGGGGCUGUGCAGAUGUGUGGUGUUUGAGCUCCUGAUGCUUUGAGAGGAGUUGGGGGAACAAUCUUGGCCACCACACUUCUAAGUCGGUCGAAGUGUAUUUAUCAGGUUAGUGAAGCAGAGUGAAACUUUUCCUUAGGAUAUCCCACUUUGGAUGCCUAGGGCAGCCUAUUUGGAUGGGAUCUGGGGAGAGGUGGCUGAUCUAAUUUUUCUGGUCACAGGUCAGAACUGCUGCUGUGCUCCUACCCUCCUCUCUGCUUCCCCCUUGGAGGAUAUUUCGGUCCACUCUGGACUCAUACAGGCUGUGGCAAUUGUACUCACCGCUCAAUUGGAGCUGACACUGACCGGCUCUAUCGUACCAAGAUGGUGACUUCCUCAUUAUCAGAUGCACAUGGCGUGAGCUUAACACAGACGGUCUGCCACAACACCACUUUUCCAAAGUUUCGGAUCAAUGCUGUGUACCCGCAACACAGCCAUUGAAGUAAGACAGCUGCCGGGAGACCGGAGAGGCAUGUGUCUGAGGCCUCCUCAGGGCAAAGCACAAAAAAAUAAGCUAAUGCACCCUCUACACUAUCUUCCUGGGCAGAGAGCCACCUGAGGCUUUGCCUCCACACAUUACCCUACAGGCGGAAGAUUGCCCGCAGAAAGCAGCGAUUGGGCUCAGAUGUAUCCAAGUCUGUGUCAUUCUGAUGCUGUCCCUCAUACUGGCCUGGGGCUGGAGGAGCACCCAAUCCUGAUGUGAUGAUUUCCCUGGAGGCAUGGUGGCUUUGCCACCCAUGGGAGUUGGCUGAACUCGCCAACAAGGUUCUUACCUGAGCUACUUCAGUGCUCACCGACCAUGGGAGUUAUUUUCUUUGUUUUAAGCAUCUUGCUUGAGUUUAUUAUUACUUUCAUGAUUACGCCGUCUAUAUUCAAUGCGGUGCCGUGACAUUAUUGGAUCCAGAGGUUUCAGUCUUCAUUCUAACUCUUGUUAUGGGCAGGGAGUGUUCCUUUUAAUCCUCUUAAAAAUGUUUAUUCACCAAACUCUAAAUUGAGGUGAACUGAAACCCAAAAAUUCUAAAAAAUCUAAAAUGAAAAUCGAGCUAAAUUAGAUAUUUUUUCCAACAAUCAGGUUAAUUUAUUAAAGUGAGACUUGAAGGUGAUUUCGAAGGGAAUUUGGAAAGUAAGAGUUCAGAGUAGUCGAACUGAAAGCAUGGAUUACUAGGCUGUUUUAACCUUAAAUUCGAAAUUCACUUUGAAUUCAUUCUGAAUUCACUUAAGCAAUUAACGUUAAAUGUUUUGGUUUACAUUUUUAUUUUAUUUUAUUCACUUUUCAAUAAAUAAAACCCUUAAAUUCUUCAGAUCCAGCAUGACAUUGCACUGCCUACCUUUGCCGAUGAUCACAGAACCUGUUCAGGGCAAUAAAUACCUUGGAAUUGACUUACGCAAACUAAUAGUCAUCUCUUGGGUAACAGCUAAAUGUUUAUAUAUAAUUCCAAAUAAUAACUUAUCAAAUGUAUUGAAUGUCCACUAGGUGGUGCUACUACAUCAAAUACAGCAGCAUAGAAUGGGACAGAGAUAAGGAAUUCAGAUGCUGUGGUGUACAUCCCCACUGAUGCUUUUCCAGCAUUGUAGCUCUAAGAGCAUUAUGGGAGAUGUAGUCGCUAACAUCUUGAUGUAACUGGAUGUUACCUCUGCAAUAGCUGUCCCUAUGAAAGGACACAACAUACCGGGUCCUGGACCCCGAGAGAUCAUUCAUUAUGUCCACAGGGAGGAAACAUAAAACUUCAGCAACAGAGAUGGAUGCCCUGAGCCCUGGUCACAGAGGAAAGAUGGAGGAUGCUGCACAAAGUAGACCUAGUGCAGGCAGUGGCUGCUGGCAAACAACGACACCAUAGUCAAGUCGUGUUACUAAACGGGUAGCCAGACCAGGAACCUCGAGACACCAGAGCCAUCGUGACCCUUGUUCAAUUGCAAUAAAUUCAUUGACCAGAAAGGACCAGGAGUUCAGUGGCCCUGAGGGUGGCAGGAGGAAGCCACUUGCCUACUUCUCAUGUACAUCUAGAUUGGGGUGAUAAUGCUCGUACUUUGGAAGUAAGGGUGAUGCAGGACCUCCCUGCAGAAGUGUUACUGGUGAAUGAUCAGGGGCAACAAACCUCUGCCUUUACCCCAGCUAUCUCAAACAGUGCCUACCCUGUAACUGGGCUGCUGCCACAAACUCACACUCAGGAAAAGCCCAGGUAAGACCCAGUGAUACAGACCCCUCCACUAUCUCAGUUCAAUUGACUUAGGAUGUCCUGAUAGGGUUUGUGAGGGAGUCGAAAGAGGACCUGACCCUUUCCAAAUAAAACGUAUGUUAAUCCCAAACAUCAGGUGAGUUUUGAUGAAGGGUAAAGCAUGAAUAAUCUUUAUUUACCAACAGGCCAAUUUAUAUACACCUUUCCCCUUUCAUCAUAGCACACAAUACAUUCCCAAACCUGGCGCCUUGGUGCUUGGAACAUAACUCAAUCACAAUCCGAUCAUUUAUUUACUGCCACACAUGAGGGCACCUUACAACAUUAUCCCCAAACUAAUAAUUUUCUCCUAGGUUAUCCCCAAGCAGCGUACAUCCCCAAAAAGCUCUGGAAAUUAGAAGCAAAGUGUCUAAAAAGCUCCUCUGGGAUUGUAUCUAUCUCGGCUGGGUUCCAGGCCAUUUGUUGACAGGUCCCGGUAAGCAAUGCUGGCUUCAUGUAGCUCUGGGACAGGAAGUUCCCUGUAGUCUUUGGUGUCAUUGGAUGCCUCAUCACCUCCCUGAUUCACCUUCCAAAUAACACCUUUUUUAAUGGUCCUGCGACCGAGUACUACCCAAGUGAAGUUUCACUGUAUCAUCGCUCACGCAAUUCGAUGUACAGUUCCAUGUAGCUUCUGGGUAGCUCCCAGCCGGGCACGCUGUGUCUGCAUGAGCCUCUUGCUAGUCCCUGAUGGUAAUGGGCUGACUUAUAUGGCUCCCAAAUGUCUAGCAGGGUAAAGACAAAUAGGUUUUUAUAGUACUUUUAGAGAGGAGUUGGCUGGGAGUCCUGAGCCAGUUGUCCUGAGCAAGCUAGCUGCAUGGAACUGUCCAUCAGAUCUGAACUCAACUGUGGCUUGCUAAACAUUCAAGUGGUUGUUGAGCGGACGUCAUGUAAAGAAUAAGCACUAUUUGGGCAGAGGGUAGCUGGGGAGAUGAGCUGUCCAGAAGUACUUUAAUUUAUAGGGGUUUUGGGAACUACGGGGUAGCAGGUGGCAGUAGCAGGUAGCAGUGGGUGGGAGAAGGCAAUAGCUCUCAACCUCAUCAUAUUAACUCCAAACCAGAUGGUGCCAAGGAGAGUCUCUCUUUUUUUCCAAUACCCUCGCAGGUUAAAUAUACAUUGUUUCUGGUCACUGUCUUACCUGCAGGGGUUAAACCAUACUAUUUCUAUCAAUGUGUGGCCAGUGAUUGGCUGAGAACAGCAGGUGACGCUCUUAAUUUCUAACCGAUUGUUAGGUAAACCUUCCUCAUACCUUACAGGUUAAUUUACUAGUUGCAUAUUUUUCAGAAACAGAGAGGGUUAUUCCUUAUACCAAACUGAUCUGUAUUCAUCCAGGAUUUUAUUGCAAAUGAUAGGACAAAAUAGCAAUAAUUUAUAAGUCUCUGGUGAGAUCUUGACAAAUUCUCGAAUAACCGUUAGAGAUGAAAUUAUCUUGCAUCGAAAGAUUUCAAACAUCCUUGCUUUCUUUCAUUUUAUAUUGUCAUCUAGCACUGCCUUUUUCGUGGACAAAAAUGAUAGUGAAUCGAUGAAUAUUUGCACGAUAGAUAUUUAAAUAGAUAUCUUUUAUGGUAAGAUCACUAAAGGUUAGAAUAAGCCAACUGGUGUUCUGGAUGAAAACUAGAAUUAAUUAAUCAUUUCAAACCCAAUUGGGCCCAAAUUGGGGCAAAUUUGGGCGGAUCAGAUGGUCAGCCGAAUUUCUGAAUUCCGAGCUGAUUUAGGUUACAAACAAGCUUAAAGGGACACUCCAGUGCCAGGAAAACAAAUCGUUUUCCUAGCACUCCAGGUCCCCUCUCCCUCCCAUCCCAUGUUGCUGAAGGCGUGAAAACUUACCUGAGACCACCGUCGAUGUCCCUCGGUGGUGGUUUAGGGUUCGCCCACGCUCCUCCACCGCUAAUGUCAUCCGGCAGGGGAGACCGAUUGCGCAUGCACGGCCGCCAGCGGGAUCAGGCCUAAUUCGCGUGCUCGGCAAAGCCGUGCACGCGCAUUAGAUCUCCCCAUAGAAAAGCAUUGAAAAUGCUUUCACUGCUUUCCUAUGGGGAUUUUAGCGACGCUGGAGGUCCUCACAUAGCAUGAGGACAUCCAGUGACGCUAUAGCACAGAAAACCUGUGCUAGAAACCAGGAAGUGCCCUCUAGUGGCUGUCUAGGAGUUAACUCUGCAAGGUAAUUAUUGCAGUUUAUAAAAACUGCAAUAAUUACAGUUGCAGGGUUAAGAGUAGUGGGAGUUGGCACCCAGACCACUCCAAUGGGCAGAAGUAGUCUGGGUGCCUGGAGUGCCAAACACGUUUGAGAGGGUCAAUAUUCUGAAUUCUGCAUAUGGGAAAAAGAAUGAUCAGGUGAAAAGAACAGUAGUAAUAAAAUAAAUAAGUCAUAUUUAUUCAAAUGUAAUCAAUAAAUGAUGUGAUUAAUAUGUUAUUUUAAGGCGUUUCCUGUAUUUCUUCUAUUAGUUACGUAUUCUCACUUGAUCCGUGAACCAAAUGAUAAAAUGCUGUAAAAUAUCUGCAUGUCAUAUCAUAAAGAAAUUCAAAUAUCAGUCCUUAAUAGCAAACGGAUAGAGAUCUCAGCCCACCUCCCCCACAAAAAACAUUCAAAUUCUGAGUAAAUUAGUCAUUUUUAAUUCAUGUUUUCCUUUUUUUGUGCUUUCCACCUGGUAAUGUUAUCAAAGGAGAACCAAUAUAUAAUACAACUGGAAUAUAAUACAACUGGAACGUUUACCAAUAUAUAAUACAACUGGAACGUGUACCAAGAUAUAAUACAACUGGAACAUGUACCAAUAUAUAAUACAACUGGAAUGUGUACCAAUAUAUAAUACAACUGGAAUAUAAUACAACUGGAACGUUUACCAAUAUAUAAUACAACUGGAACGUGUACCAAUAUAUAAUACAACUGGAACGUGUACCAAUAUAUAAUAUAACUGGAAUAUAAUACCACUGGAACGUGUACCAAGAUAUAAUACAACUGGAACAUGUACCAAUAUAUAAUACAACUGGAAUAUAAUACAACUGGAACGUGUACCAAUAUAUAAUAUAACUGGAAUAUAAUACCACUGGAACGUGUACCAAGAUAUAAUACAACUGGAACAUGUACCAAUAUAUAAUACAACUGGAAUGUGUACCAAUAUAUAAUACAACUGGAACGUGUACCAAUAUAUAAUAUAACUGGAAUAUAAUACAACUGGAACGUGUACCAAUAUAUAAUACAACUGGAACGUGUACCAAUAUAUAAUAUAACUGGAAUAUAAUACAACUGGAACAUGUACCAAUAUAUAAUACAACUGGAACGUGUACCAAUAUAUAAUAUAACUGGAAUAUAAUACAACUGGAACGUGUACCAAGAUAUAAUACAACUGGAACAUGUACCAAUAUAUAAUACAACUGGAACGUGUACCAAUAUAUAAUACAACUGGAACGUGUACCAAUAUAUAAUAUAACUGGAAUAUAAUACAACUGGAACAUGUACCAAUAUAUAAUACAACUGGAACGUGUACCAAUAUAUAAUAUAACUGGAAUAUAAUACAACUGGAACGUGUACCAAUAUAUAAUACAACUGGAACGUGUACCAAUAUAUAAUACAACUGGAACGUGUACCAAUAUAUAAUAUAACUGGAAUAUAAUACAACUGGAACGUGUACCAAUAUAUAAUACAACUGGAACGUGUACCAAUAUAUAAUAUAACUGGAAUAUAAUACAACUGGAACGUGUACCAAGAUAUAAUACAACUGGAACAUGUACCAAUAUAUAAUACAACUGGAACAUGCACCAAUAUAUAAUACAACUGGAACGUGUACCAAUAUAUAAUACAACUGGAACGUGUACCAAUAUAUAAUAUAACUGGAAUAUAAUACAACUGGAACGUGUACCAAGAUAUAAUACAACUGGAACAUGUACCAAUAUAUAAUACAACUGGAACAUGCACCAAUAUAUAAUACAACUGUGAUGCUUUUGUGUAAUACCUCUUUAAUUGGAACUCAACUGCAGAAUUUUCUGAGGGCAGGAACAGUAAGUUUCACCUCCUAUUAUAUUGGAGUGAAAUCAGUGGACUGUAUCUUUAAAUAAUAAUCAGGAAAAUGCCAAGUUAGUUCCAACUUGAAUUUUAAUAAUGAAGUUUUAGCCUUAGCAGCAAUCCUUAUUUGUCAACAGAGAGUUUAAAGAAAUUAAAUACUAUAAUUAAUUGAUAUGACUUGCUUUCCUUGACAAAAUAUUUACUUAACUUAGAAGCACUCUGGCACUGGAAGGGUUAAUUCACCCAAUGGAGGAAGAGGAAGGAGUCUCUUUUAACAAACUGCAGUUUAGUAGUGAGAGAAAGGAAGUCCGUUUGUCCAAGCCGAGGUCUGAGAGAUGAGAAGGUAGAAAUCCGUUUACAAGCCGAGGUCUGGGAGAGGAGAAGGUAGAAUUCCGUUUAUAAGCCGAGGUCUGAGAGAUGAGAAGGUAGAAAUCCGUUUACAGGCCGAGGUCUGAGAGAUGAGAAGGUAGAAAUCCGUUUACAAGCCGAGGUCUGAGAAGUGGAGCCGGUAGCAUCGAGUAGAGCAGCUGAUCUCACUGCCGCACCUGAGUGAAUAAUCCAGCACUUUGAAUCUGGCGCGGUCUUCCUAAGUAUCGUGGAAAGACCGCGUCAGAAAAAAGGGGCGGAGUGGGUUCCGGCGGCAGCAUGAAUGUUAGGUAUACCUGACAACAACUGGAACGUGUACGAAUAUAUAAUACAACUGGAACGUGUACCAAUAUAUAAUACAACUGGAAUAUAAUACAACUGGAACGUGUACCAAUAUAUAAUACAACUGGAAUAUAAUACAACUGGAACGUGUACCAAUAUAUAAUACAACUGGAACAACUGUGUACCAAUAUAUAAUACAACUGGAACGUGUACCAAUAUAUAAUAUAACUGGAAUAUAAUACAACUGGAAUGUGUACCAAUAUAUAAUAUAACUGGAACGUGUACCAAUAUAUAAUACAAUUGGAACGUGUACCAAUAUAUAAUACAAUUGGAACGUGUACCAAUAUAUAAUACAACUGGAACGUGUACCAAUAUAUAAUACAACUGGAAUAUAAUACAACUGGAACGUGUACCAAUAUAUAAUACAACUGGAACUUGUACCAAUAUAUAAUACAAUUGGAACGUGUACCAAUAUAUAAUACAAUUGGAACGUGUACCAAUAUAUAAUACAACUGGAAUAUAAUACAACUGGAACGUGUACCAAUAUAUAAUACAACUGGAACGUGUACCAAUAUAUAAUAUAACUGGAAUAUAAUACAACUGGAACGUGUACCAAUAUAUAAUAUAACUGGAAUAUAAUACAACUGGAACGUGUACCAAUAUAUAAUACAAUUGGAACGUGUACCAAUAUAUAAUACAAUUGGAACGUGUACCAAUAUAUAAUACAACUGGAACGUGUACCAAUAUAUAAUACAACUGGAAUAUAAUACAACUGGUACGUGUACCAAUAUAUAAUACAACUGGAACGUGUACCAAUAUAUAAUACAAUUGGAACGUGUACCAAUAUAUAAUACAUUUGGAACGUGUACCAAUAUAUAAUACAACUGGAACGUGUACCAAUAUAUAAAUACAUUGAUUUGGUUUUAUACAAACUAAGAAAAGAACCAAAACAGCACAGCAAAACAACAGAAAAUAUUAACGCCGGACGUUGAAGGCAAUUGUACAAGUUCUGCUCAAAACCCAAUCUAGAAUUUGAGUUAUAUGUCAGUUCAAUUGUAAUUUACCACUUUCAUUAUAAGUUAUCCCACAACUAUUAUAUAUCAUGUUUGAUUUCACAUCAAAUAUUUAUAUAUGGAACACUAUUAAUUAUGAAUAAAAUCUAAACAAAGUGUGAACAUGGUAUUCUAACUGUGAAUGUCAUAAUACUGUUAGCUUUUACUGCAAUAAAACACAUACUUGGAUGCUGUGAUGUCCCACGAACGCAAUGAUGCCACCCAUGCUUGCCCAUUUUGGAGGUUUGAUGGGCCUAUGUUGCCUAUGAGACCAUAUGGAAGCCCAGGAAUGGCAUACCAUUUGCAAUAGUAGACAGGAGAUAUGUCCAGACUUUUGUAGUAGCCACUUAGUCAAAAAUCCUGGCCAUAUUUAGUGUUCAUAUUUUUUUGUUCCAUAAAAUACUGUUCUUUAUCUGAUAAUAUAAUUGUCGUUAUACAUUUUAUUGCUCUAAAACACUCAUAGUGUUCAGUGAAGUCUCGCAAGUAUACCAGUACCCCCAUAUACAGGUAUUAUGGUGUUUAAUAAAGAUACAAGCUCACUGCUCUAAAACACUCUAAUAUAGGGCAUUCAAAAUAAACUAUGUUUGUAUUCAUUGAAGGGCUGCAGACCGUUACUGCACACUACGCCGCUAUAACUGCGAUACAGCCAUGCUUUUACAGACCUAGCAGCCCCACAAACCAAUGUAAAUAAAUAAAUGUAACAUCUCAAUUUAAGAUUUCAAAGACUUUAUUGCACCUUACUUUAUUUGGUCUAGCUCACUGCUAUUAUUUUGCUUUGCUUCUAUAAAACUAUUUUAAUUUCCCUGAAUAUUUAGCAGUAUGCUUUUAUAUAUAAAUAUUAUUCUGAAAACCUAUAGUGGCAACGUUUCAGCCCUACUUUGCAAAGAUUCUUCAUAUAGGAUUUUAUUUUCUCACUAAUUUUAGUCUCUGGCUUAUCAUAGGUCACUUUUAUGUCGUUUUGUGUUAAUUAUAAUGUAACUAUUGAAACAUUAUGUAGCUGUAUUGUAGAUGCUUUCUUUCUGUGCAAUAAUUUGCUUGAUGUUGAAAUAUCAGAAUGAUUAAAAAAUCUAUAUAGUAAUACAACAAAUUUGGUGCCAACAUAACAAAAUUAGUAAGAGGAAAAAUAUAAAAAAAAAAAAAAAAUGUGUUGAGUAGAAGAUUGUUUAUAACUGAAUGAAAGAUUAUAUAUUAAUAUUAAUAAAAGCUGUACAUGGGGGGGGUAUUGUUGUACUCGUCAGACUUCGCUGAACACAAAUACGGGAGUUUUAGAUGAAUAAAAUAUAGAAUGACAAUGAUAUCAUCAGUGAAGGUGCAGAACUUGUACAUUUCUAUUUCCAAGUUUACAAACAAGUUAGAGCAAUGAAACUAACUGUUAAAUAGAAAUAUUUCACAGAUUUACAGGAUAGAAGAGGGUGAUACACAUGUAAAUGGAAUACAAAUUAAUCUAAUUUGCACAACAGCCAAUCUGCAUCGCUGUUCAUCUAAUUCUUUGUAUAGAAUUUCAUAAACAUUAUUCUGCAGCAGAACUAUUGUUUACAAAUACAAUUAGCCUAAUUUAUGUAAAUGUCAUUUUAACCCCUAUUGUGCCAGGAGGAUUCAUUAUCAUAUUCAGGUAAUCAAAGACUUGUGAGUAGAAGCAGUUCUCAAUUAUGCGUAAAAAAACAAGCUAACAAAACCAUUCCAGUUAAUAAGAUGAUAAAAACUAACAACUGUUAGUGUUAAAUGGAAUACCUGAGAACUUAUAGUGAAAAUAAUAAUAAUAAAUGAAAUAACUUUAUCAAUAAAAUAAAAAUCAAUAAUGUAACAAAUGGCUGAAUUUGCUUUUUAUAUCUGUAGUUAGUUGUGAAGACAAAUACACUUAUAUUAUUUAUUAUUAUUUAUAUCACAGCAGUUACAUAAAUAAACUGUGUUAUAAUUAUUGUAAAAAGAAAUCUAUUUAGGGAAGAGAUGGGUCCAAUAAUGGUAAUAAAUUAUUAUUGUAUCAGAUUUUUUAUUUUUUAUUUUACUGUAUAUGACAGCAGUGUUGUUCUUAUGUGUUAUAACAUGAAUGAAUAAACAUUGAAUUGUACUCAGCUGAAACUGGACUGUAAAAGUUGGGCCACAAUAGCUGAUUGGAAUAAAAUCCUCUAAGAAAGCUACAGUCACUGUUUAAACACUUUAGCCCAUAGGUUACCAUUCUAUUUUGAAUUCACUAUAAUUUAAGGUUUAUUGAACAGUUUGAGGUCCAGUAACUAAAAUGCAAUCAGGCUAUUGUCACUGACAGUGUCACCAUGUGAGAUAUGCUUAUUGGAUUUAUUUAUUUAAUAUAGGAAAAUAUUAGAUCUUUCACUAGAGAGGGAUAAAUAUAGUCCAUUAUCUAUAUUCAGGUAUAUAAGCAACCAUUUAUAAUACAGCAAUAACCUAUAUGAAAUGAUUUAGUGCAUAUUUAAAAUGCAAUAAGGAUACAUUUUCAUUUCAGUUAGUUUUAGUAUCUACAUAUUUUGGCUUUACCCUGAUCAUACAUUAGCAUAUUACUUAACAGUGUCCAGUGACUGGCCAAUCAGAUGCGAGAGAUUUAGGGAAUGUCUAUGGAGAAAGGUUUAUAGAAAGAUUCAUUAUUGUAAUUCUAAUCAGUGGGCGGGGCUUGGCCUUUGGAACUCAAUAUAGAGAGAGAUUCACUUCUAGGCUGACAAUCAAUGACUUCAAUUAGAGCAAGAACUGCAGCAGGUACAAGGACCCAAGGUAGCCAAAUCUCCAGGUAACUUGCCACUUCUAACUGCUUUAUGAUAACCUUGUAUAGCCAUGCUGAGAGACCAGAAGCCUAGAUUGUUUUACUUUAUUACUUAACCUUUCACUGAUAGAGUGGAAGGUUUAUUUACCAGAUUGAUUUUGGUUCUGUGAUCCUGUAUCUGGGUUUCAAUCUGAUUUUAAUUCAUUGUUGUUUAACUUGCAAAUUAUAAUUUUAUUACUAAAUCACUUUUUUAUUUUGCCGAAAGAAAACGGAUUGGAAUUUGUUCACUAAAUUUUAUUUAUUGUAGAAAUUACAAAGUGCUUCUACAUGUUAAUAAUUUUUCUUUAGUUGAAUUAACAACAAAUUUAUGUAGAUUUAUUUUUUAUUUUCAUUUUAGUUGUGGACAUCUUGGAUUUGCUUGAAAAGUCAUUGAGAUUUCGGCACUCAACUGUCAACCACUUUAAGUAAUCAUAACAGUGAAAACCGUUACUGAGAAAGUUUCAUCACAAAAACAAACUACAAAUUGGGGACUUGGAGUAAAAAAUGCCACCUCAGCCUUUGUCAGAGUUCAUGGAUUAUACUGAAGGCCUUGGUAGUGCAUUUGAGGGUCUCGAUGAGAGAGGUUCCAGCAGUGAAAAUGAAGAUCCCACCACUAAUAAUGAGAGUGACUGCAGAGCUAUUAAAUGUGAGAUUAGCCACUUGGCAAAGCACAAAGAAGCAUACCCAUUUCAUUGUCAUAUCUGUGGAAGAAGAUACAAGAAGGACAGGUUUUUGAAGAACCAUGCAAUAACACAUGAUGGAACAUCGAAGGGCAGGAAACGGAAGAGGAAAUCAAAGGACAUUAGGACCGAUCAGCCAAGCCUUGAUGAUCCUGUUACAAUAAAUGAUGCCGUUCAAGAACAAUUUGACAAACCCUUAAUUAGUCCAUUGAUAAGGUGUAUGAUUUGUGGAUAUAUCUUUUACAAAAAUGACUUCCGAGAGCACUGCGAUACUCAUUUAUUAGAAUCUAAGAAGGAUAUAGAAGAUGGUUCACAAGCUAACGUCAUGGGCUUUCUAAACCUAAAGCCCAAAUCUUUUUCUCCAGAGAAACCAAAACAAUCCGUAAUGUGGAUCGCAGCACUUGAUCCAGUGGUCAGUUGUCAAACAUGGCGAUUGGACACCACAGGGAAAUUGGAUGACCGUGGCAAAGGGAAUAAAGGAAGACAGGGGGGUAACGCGGGUGGAUCUGUGGUUCCUGACAGAGAAGAUGCGAUCAAAAAGGUUCCUUUGCUAAACGAAUAUCCUGAAAGGUCAUCCAUGAGUGGAAGUGGAAGUGAAAGUCCAUCUGUUUCUUCAGAUACUGCAACCAAUGUGGAAAAUCAAAUCCAACAGAUGCUAAAUCAUGGUGUUUCAGUGGACAUGUCAGAAGAUACACGGAGUGAACCUAUGCAGACAGGUAAGAUAUUCGUCUACUACAAUCCUCACAAUUUUUGAAUUUUAUAAUUUCUCUGUGAAACAGUUAAGUAAAUGUUCAGUGGGCAUAAUUAUUGGAUAUUAAAAAUGUUUUGUUGCAAUAGCUCCCUCUAUUGGCAGAUUAUUUACAUUACUGAAGAUUAUACAGAAAUGUUUAUUCUGCGUCAAGGAUCUAAAUAUGGGCGAUGGUGCUGCUUAUUAAACUCUGUGAACGAAUUGCUUUAUGUGUCACAUCCAGUGAUUCCUCGUUAUAAAAUAAAUUGACACUUUGUGAUAUAACCCCCUCCCCCCCAUUCUUACUCCUGAUGAGGAAUUUUUUUGUUAAACCUUAAAAAAAACAAACUGUGACUUCACCUCGAACAAGUGGAUUGCUCUAGUUGGUGGGAGACACGUUUGUUUAUGAAAGUAUUCUAACACACUGCUUUAGGAUGUUUUUUUAUAUAUUUAAUUUACUUUAUUUCUGUAAAAGGAAAAUGCUUAAUUUAAUUUGUGUGAAUGACUAAGUGUAUGUUUAAAUAAUUACCAAUGAUAAAAGAGUGCUCUAGGGAACCAAAAUUAAUCUGGAAUUUUCUGUUUAUGUCUUUUUCAAAUCCUUUUAGAAAAAACAGAGGAAGAUCAAAACAAUAAGAAGGAAACCCAAUCUCCAAUUUGUUACGAUUGUGGAAAAAGUUUUGCUUCAAAAAGUUACCUUAGCAUCCAUCUCCGUUCACACACUGGUAAGCUACGUUUAAAAUAAGAAAAUAAGAGUCUUGUGUUACAAUGGAAAUGCUGAAAUCCUUAUGAAAUUAGUUUGUAGACUUUGGUUAUCGCUCCGAACUGCCCUAUACAGAGACAAAAAAUAACAAAUAUAUUUAUUUAUUCCAUACACUGUACACACUUUUUUAUCUGUUUUUUCUUCUACUUACUUAGACCAUGAUUUAAUAAUAUUUGAUAAGCAUUUAAAAUUAUUUCCGAUUGUCCGAUAAGAUUUAAAAAUGAUUGUUUGAAAAUAUUAUUAUAUAUUAAAAAAUAUCAAACGUUAGAAAAUAUAUAAUAUAUCAAGAAAUACAUUGUAUAUUAAAAAAACAAAACAAUAUAUAUAAAAAACAUUGCAAAUCUUAAGUAUUUUUAAUCUUAUAAAAUAAUUUUUAAAGAUAUGUAGAAAAAUAUUUAAUGAUUUGAAAAGCUUAUCCAACAAUAUUUAAUAGAGGCCUUAGUUUGGUCCAUAGCUUGGAAUUUUUGUAUUUCUACUUCUAGUUAAAAAUUACUUUGGUCAGUUUUAAAAUGGAGUCAAAAUCUUUAAUUUCUAUAGAACAAACAGUUUUUAGGAAUAUUGAGUGAUAACAUUUGUAUUGAUUAAAAUUGUACUGAAUGACAGUAGAUUACAUUUUAAGAUUUUUUUGCUACCUCCUCUAUAAAUUAAUGUAUAAUAAAGCCUAUUGACAGCUCGCUUCUAACAGAUGUUUUUAUCAUUGCAGGUGAAAAACCUUACGAGUGUGAAAUGUGCGAUUAUACCUCAGCACAAGCCACCUCUUUAAAAUACCAUUUGCGACACCAUCAUCACUUUAAGGAAGAAGAUGCCAGUGCUAAAGUGAAGCAGAUGAGUAAAAUAGUUUCUCAAAAAUCUGCCAACUCUUCAUUAAAAGAAGCCAGGCCAGAUAGUGACGAAGUGAAUACUCUUAAAGAGGACAUUUUACCCUUACAGCAGGGUAGUCAAACAGCUAAUGGUCCAACAUCACAGCCCAAUCUUCUCCUCAAUGAAAAGGCUAAACGGGCACCUGCUUUACCCUCUGUACCAGAUCUGAGAAAUAUAGAUCCAGAGAACUAUGUACUGCCAGAAAGACAACACAAUGGUCUUCCGGGAAAUAAUUCUUCUUUAUUGCAGCACGAUUUGCAAAGAAUUUCACAUCUUGUAGAGCGAAUGCAAUAUCCUGAACCUAACCGACCAACUUGCAAUGGAUCGAAAAAUCCCACCGAUGGAAAUACUGUGCAUAAAUCUCAAUAUACAUGGUCUGGUGACAAAUCAUUUACUAAGCCCAAGGACUCUAACCUAGAGCCGUAUGCCAAGAAGGCUAAGCGCAGUAUGACAAAUGACUUGACAAAUUCUGAUGUGGCCAAACAUUUACUAAAUUCUGGUGUAUCUGGUAUUGCUGCUCAGGAGAUGGUUCCAGCAGAACAUUCAGCCUUGGCAUUGCCUAGCAAAGGUCUUCAAUCAACACCGUUACAUGGUCCAAGUGAUCAAUCAUCUGACUCAGGAUCUACCUCUGCUACUGAAGGUAAAGACCAUUUUGUUGAUCUAUAGUUAGGGGAGCACUGACAUGCUUGCUUUAAUUGGGUUAAACAUAUCCCCAUGAUGAUACAGAACAAGGAAUUGUACCCACACCCAAAGAACCCCUGAACCUUAGUUAAACCUAACUAUAUAUAUUUUUACCGUGUAUCAGUUAAAUCUGGCUAUGGUUUCCUUUUGAAAAUAGCAGGGUCCACUUGGCUAAGCUAAGUAGAUAGUGAAAACAUUGAGGCAAUUUUUUCAUUUUAAUGCUAAAAUGAGCAAAUUUGGCAGUUUAUUUAAUAUUCCCCUAAAUCGUUUCCUUCUACUGUCUUGCAAUUACCAUGUGUGCGUUCUGUUGGUGAUAGACUGUGGUAGACUGUUUGCAUGCUAUUGUUAUAUAUUAAGAGAUUUAAACUGUUAUGUUUUAUUUUUUGACAGUGUUUUUUUUGUCCCCUCAUUUUAUUACACUUAGGAAUUAGAUGCUCUUCCCGUCUUCGAGCAAAACAAGAUUCUUCACUCAAGAAUAAACGAUUUUCAGAAUACAUAAUUUAUUAAAGAGGUAAGAUAAAGACACACAUUAUUCAUACUGAUAUUCAAAUGGAGUUAAACUAUUAACAUGAACUAGUUGUACGCCAAGACCACUAAGUUUAAUUAAUCUAAAUUUUUUUUCUUUAUCUGUGAAUUUUAAAGCUCAUAGUGAUGUUUAAUGUGACUUUAUUUGUAAUUCUAAUCCAAUUUUUCCACUUUUUUUUACAGACGUGUUUAAUUGGAUUGUUGAGCAUAAGUUGGAAGUCAUCAUUGGAAAAUAUAUACCUGGAACCUUCAGGAACAUUGUGGACAUUUUUGUUCAUUAGUAACAAACUGUGUGAAAUGCAAAUAUUAUCUGGACUAAGCUGUUUGGAAUGCGUUCGGCGUAUGUGCACAUAUUUUUGAAAUAUUGAAAUAUAGUCGCAAGUAAAUAUUUUCUUACAUAGACUAUAUAAAGUUGAAAUAUUUUCUUCAAUGAAAUUGACCAAAGAUGAGGGACAAAUCUUUUUAUUUUUAAAGAAAAUUUAUAUCCAUAAAUGAAUUUAUUUUUCAUAUCUCUAAAUUAAAUGUAUCGAUUUAAAAUGUAUAAAAGGAUAGAAAAUGUGAAAUCAUCCUGUGCAGUGAUAUUUUCCAGCACUUAUUGUAUAUAAAUGUACAUAUUCAGCUCAGGUAUAUUGUGUGAGAAAAUAAAAGGAAAAACUGAACUCUUUCUGGGUAUGUGUCACUUUAUAUUUCUGUGAAUAUUUAUUUUGUAAAGUUUAAAUUGUUAUUGUUAAAUACUUAAUGUCUCCUGAUGUUGCUUCAAUAUCAUAAAAUAUUCUGGAUGUAAAACUCUGCCAAUUAUAUAAAUCAAGUACAUACAACCUCUAGUGAGUCUUAAAGGUCAUUUGAAGCAAAGUAAGUUUAGAUUAAUGAAGCAGUUUUGUCCCGGUCAGCUCCUUGAUGACACCAUGGACUAGUCUCCAGAAGGGAGCUAUUUGUGGACAUGUUUGCCAAAAAGCUCAACACUCAUCUCCUGUAUUUUGGAGCAAAUCAUUCCUAGGAUGAAAAUCGUUCUCCAAAAGGGUUGUUUGUGUGUCCGCUUCCCAGCAGGAAACAAAUUUCAAGGGAGCUCCGGAUGUACUGCUCCCGAGGAUCAAAUGUAAUUGUGAAAUCCCACGUGUCAUCUCUGUGUAAAUCCGUUCAAACUGUGUCUCUCCUCUCUGAAAUACCGUAUAUACUCGAGUAUAAGCCGAGUUUUUCAGCACAUUUUUUGUGCUGAAAAACCCCAACUCGGCUUAUACUCGAGUCAGUGUCUGUAUUAUGGCAACUUACAUUGCCAUAAUACAGACUGGGGGCGGGCAGAGCUGUUACUUACCUCUCCUGCAGCUCCUGCCAGCUAUCUCCUCCUCCGCGCCGGUCCAGUCAGCACCUCGGUCAGCUCCCAGUGUAAGUCUCGCGAGAGCCGCGGGGUCAUAGUGCGGCUCUCGCGAGACUUACAGUGUGAGCUGAGAGAAGAGCUGCACGGACCGGCGCGGAGGAGGAGAGAGCUGACAGGAGCUGCAGGAGAGGUAAGUAACAGCUCGCUGCCAGCCCCCAGUCUGUAUUAUGUCAAUGUAAAUUAAAUGGAACUUUUUAUUUUAUUUAUUUUAAUUGUUUAUCUGUACUCUUCAUUUUUUGCUGCUGUCUAAAAUCCUGUGCUGCUAUUGGAUCAGCUAUUGCAUGUGGAUACCACCUGGUGUGGAGACACGCUGGUUUUAACUUGCAACAUUGUAAGUGCAACUUAUUUAUAAUAAAUUGUUUUAUUUUGUACCAUCUACACUAUCUAUUUUUCUCUUUACUUGGAGUGAAUGAGAAGAUCUACUAUAAGAUCAUCGCUGGAGGUUCUCCAUAUUGCUACAGUUCCCUAUUUAUUGUGGGAGAUACGCCUGAUUUCACCUAAUUUUGUGAGUUCUCUACCACUUUGCUUCUAUUUAGAAGUAACAAUAUUACACUAUAUAGUUUUUAUGUAUUUUCAGAUAUAUCUCUGAGACAGAAUAUUUCCACAUACCCAGUUGGUAUAUAUUUAUUAUUUUUUGUCACUUUGGUGAUUCACAUUGCUUUGUACCUUUGGUUUUUUUCUUCUUUUUUUUUCAUUCUUGAUUAUAUUAAGCUAGGUUUUUAUCAAGGCUCCUGUACCACAAAGGAAUUGCAGUCACUCUCAAUUUUGAGAUGAGGAUUAUUCAUCAAGGCCAUUCAUUUAUUUCAAGAUUACUCCAAUUACUACACGGUCUCCCCCGAUAUCUCUAGAUAACUUAGAAUGUAUAAAAGGAAUCUAUAAAAUAAUUGCAAAGGGGCGGGGCCUGACUGCCGAGCCAGGCGGACGCAGGUAGCAAGAGCUCCUGUGACAAGCGACUUACUGAGCGAAAUUUCCACGGAUACAUGCGGCAUCUGGACACACACAGGCUGCCAAACGACGGAGAAACUUGAAACCUAACAUUAGACACCAAACACGUGGAUUUCUCAUCCGUUCCUGCUCCAACAUGCGACCUACACACGCGUAAGGCGUGGGGGAGACGGCCGCUCUCCCGCCGCCUCCAAACUCAGUGGCUAUCAACCAAAGCCCGGGUUCCCCCCCUCUGGACCAGCGGGGGUCAUCCCGGUCCGCACUGAACCAGCUCACAAUCUGCCGCAGAUCUACUUGUCCCCCUGCAACCCGAGCCCCACGUGCACGAGCGGCUAGAUGCUCUAUUUCACCGCUUCUGGGAACAUGGAUAGGUGGAGGGGCGUGAGAUCACAGGGCGAAGCAGGCCCAUCCCGGGCGAAACGUCGCACCAAACCAGCGCUAAGCACAAGAAGAGCCCUUUGAGGUCUUGGGUCGAGAGGGAACUCCCUCCAAGGCAUCGCCCACGAUGCUGGAAGAUCACCAGGCCUUACCGCAGCGCCCAAUAUGGGAAUGACCUGGCCUCACAGAGACCUCGAGUCAGUGGCCUACGGAUGCUGACCCUGCAUGGAGCCUGGAGCUGUGGAGGGACCGCCUGCCAACUGCGACUCCUGCCGACAAGCCGCAACCCACAAGUACCUACCACACAGAAGCCCAGCAGAGGAAUAGGCUGACACACGGCCUGGAACCUAUGCUCCCCAUGUCCCAUAGGCAGACAGACGAGAAGGGGAUGGUGUAACAGCUUGCUACCGGACGGAAUGCACAACCCGUCGUCCCACAGGGACCUUCUGGCCCUGGAUGGCAAAGACCAUUAAAUGCUUUAAAAGGUCUCACAAAGUGCUAUUCCCAUGUAGAAGCACAUAAAAAAUAAUAUACAGAUGGUACCUUACACCGAGUAAACUAGAUAAAAUAUACUCCUCAGUACCAGCAACCUGCUGGAGAUGCAGAUUAGCAGAGGGGACCAUGGCCCAUACAUGGUGGGAGUGCCCGACUAUACAACCACUAUGGGCAGAGGUGGGCAAAAUACUCUCCGCCCUGCAUAUUGGAGACACCCAUAAAUCGUCCACCACAUGCCUGUUUCUCCUUUUUCCCAAAGGCACACCCAGAGCCUCUAAACAAAUCGCAGCUAUCACUGUGUUAGCAGCCAGAAAUCUCAUAGCCCUAAACUGGAAGCAAAGUACAUGCCCCACUUUUACACAACUCAAAGAUAAAAUUCAACAAUACUAUCUAUAGAAAAGUUAUCCACUGACUCUGCAGAGCGGAGGAAAACCUUCGAAGACCAAUGGUCGCCAUGGGUAACAUACCUUCAACAUGGCAGCUAAAGCGGUGCAUGUGGGUGGACAUGUGUGAGUGCAUAGUGAGGUUCACGAGCAGGGGGGAGGGAGUGUCUGGUGUGAGUGUGGGUUGCCACUUGUAUCCAUGCGGGCGCCAAACUAACUACCUGAAAUGAAAUGUAACAUGACAUAUGCAAACGUUGUAUAUGGGUGUUGUAUAUUGGUAUAUGUAAGUGUUAUGUAUAAAUGUAACAUGAUAUAUGCUGUCUACCAAUGUCACACUUACCACCGAUGUGAUGUGCACGACGAGGUUAUACCCUCUUCCCCCUUUCUUUUCUGUAUCCCAAUCUAUCGCCAUAUUUUCUUUCUGAGACACGUCAAAUGUACUGUCUUCUAUGUUUGAACAAUUAAAAAAAUACAAAAAAAGAGAUGAUUAAAAAAAAAAAGUAAUUUUCCAUGAAAAGUGAUGCCACUAAUCUUUUCAUCAAAAGGGAUGACAUUUUUUUGUUUUGUUUUAUUUUCCAAUAAAAGUGAUGCUUCUAAGCUUUAUAUGAAAAGGGAUGUUUUUCUUGUUUUAUUUUAUUUUCCAUUAUUUUGGUUUUGUUUUUACAUGAAAAGGGAUACUUUUAAAAAUAUUUUAUUUUCCAUAAAAAGUGAUACCUUUAAUCAUUCUACGAAAAAGGAUGUUUUUUUUGUUUUGUUUUAUUUACUAUGAAAAGUGAUGCCUCUAAUCUUUCCAAGAAACGUUAUGUUUUUUUUUUUGGUUUAUUUAAUGUUCCAUGAAAAGUGAUGCCUCUAAUCAUUCCGAUUAAAGGGAUAUUUUUGUUUUAGUUUAUUUUCCAUAUAUGUGAUGCCUCUAAACUUUACAUGAAAAUUUGUUUUUUUAAAUAGUUUAUUUUGCAUGAAAAGUUAAGUCGGUAGUCUUUUCAUGAAAAGUGAUGCCUCUAAUCUUUCCAUCAAAGAGAUGUAUUUUUUGUUUUCUAUCAAUUAGUGAGUAUCUACAUAUUUUGGCUUUACCCUGAUCAUACAUUAGCAUAGUACUAAACCGUGUCCAGUGACUGGCCAAUCAGAUGCGAGAGAUUUAGGGAAUGUCUAUGGAGAAAGGUUUAUAGAAAGAUUCAUUAUUGUAAUUCUAAUCAGUUGGCGGGGCUUGGCCUUUGGAACUCAAUAUAGAGAGAGAUUCACCUCUAGGCUGACAAUCAAUGACUUCAAUUAGAGCAAGAACUGCAGCAGGUACAAGGACCCAAGGUAGCCAAAUCUCCAGGUAACUUGCCACUUCUAUCUGCUUUAUGAUAACCUUGUAUGGCCAUGCUACAUGGAGCCAGAUAUCUGUCCUAUAGCCUGCCUGCAGCUGCUGGGUAUUUGGUUUUAUCUUGUAAUGAAUCUAGAUGGGGGGCCCGGGGGAGCACAGUGACACUAGACCUAUGAUGCAUUUAGGGGGUUUGUUUUUUAAAGGUACAGAGCUUUGUUUAGUUUUUUUUUUGAUCUGGUCCCUGUGUCUGUAACUUUCUUCUUUUUGUUAGUUCUUAGUUUCCCAGCAUGCUUUUGCUGCAUGUUAAUGGACUAAUGCUUGUGCAAUGGCAGCCUGGGAAGACAAUGGUUAAUUUCUUGGGCCACAGGGCUUCCUUAAUGCAUGCAUGCAUCUGUGUGUGUCUGUGAAGAGGAGUCCCACUUCUGUGCAAUAUGUCUGCCAGGCUUGGUCUCUUAUUCUUCUAGUGUGUCUGCAGAUUGGGGCUUGUAUUAGAUCACAACAGAAUGUACUGAGCUGAUCUCAUCAAUCAACUGCAUGUAUUUCUUCAGAUACCGCAGCCAAUGUGGAACAUCAACAAACCCCAAUGCAAGUUAGUUUGGGGGAAAUGCCAGAAGAUACAAGUAGUGAACCCAUGCAAGCAGGUAAGACCUUCAUCUGCUACGAUCCUCACAAUUUUCAGAAUCUAACAAAUUCUCUGUGAAAUGUUCAGUGUGCAUAAUUAUUGGAUAUUUAAAAAAAAAAUACAUCUCACCAAUUGUAAUGAAUUGUGAGUCUCCAUGUAGUGAGUUUACUAAAGAGUAUGCAGAAAAGAUCAAGAAAUGAGUGACUGUUUCACUCUAAAACCCUGUAAACCAAGCAUGUCAAACUCAGUGUGGCACAGGCCACAUAAACAAGGUUUAUGUGGGUCUCUUUCUCUCUCUGUCUCUCUCUUUCUCUCUCAGCAUGUACUCGCGGCUCACCGGGCCGCAAAGAUGGUCCUUUUGGGCCGCGAGUUUGACAUGCUUGCUGUAAAGUAAUUGUGUGUGUUUUUUUUUUUUUUUUUUGUAGCGUUACUCUGUUCUUGUGCCUGCCUCCAUGCCAUCAGCAUGAGGCUCGAACACUCCUGGUGGCCCGUACAGCAUCACGAGCAUGUUCUUAAAUGGGGAAAUGGGCGCCUUACCUCACGAUUGGCUCCAAUUGGCCCACGUUAUACCAGCGCCUCCAAUCACAUGUUUUGGGGGUGCAGGCAUGACAUGAAACGAGCAAAUGAAGCCUAGUAUUAUUUUAAACUUGCCUGACUUCAGAUUCUGUGCACUAUUGUAGUUUGUUCACAGUACCCUUCAGUGCGUUCCUUGAGUUAUUGCGUUGUAUUGACCUUGGCUUUGUGUCCUGACUCUGGAUUUCUAUUUAACACUUGCCUGUCUUGUUUGCCCAUCUGACUGAUUACUGUGUACCUGACUCUGGCUAAGUUCUCGUUUUCGCUGUCUCUUACCCUGACCUCGGCUAGUAUUGUAACUACUCUUUAUUCUGUCUAACAUUAAGUCCAGCCACUCUAAGGCCCAGUAAUACGUUUAACACAUUCUAACACACUGCUUUAGAAUUAUAUUUUAUAUAUUUCGUUUAUAUCUAAAAAUAAAAUGCGUAAUUUCAUAUGCGUGUAUAAUUGAGAAAUUACCAUUAUAAGAGAGUACUCUUGGGAACCAUAAUUAGUGUUGCUUUUUCUGUUUUUGCCUUUCCCCAUAUCCUCUUAGAAAAUAUUGACGAUCAUAACCACAAGAAAAAAAAGAAGAAAUCCCAAUCUUCGAAAUGUACUUAUUGUGGAAAGAGUUUUGGAUCGAAUUACUAUUUGACUGUCCAUAUCCGUAAACACACGGGUAAAUUACUUAAUAUAAUUUCUUAGUCUUAGAAAGGAAAAUCUGAAAACAUUUUAUUUUUAAAAAAAUCAAGCUAUUACAACAUUAAAAAAGAUUACACUAUUUUUAUUUUAAAUCCUUUUGAUAAGCUCAUUCAAGAAAUUCUAUAUGUUUUUUUGACCCGUUAUUAAAGGUAAUCAAAAAUGUUUAUUUCAACAGAACAAACCGUUCUAGGAACACAACUAUGUUAAUUUUUAAAUUGCACUGAAUGACUAAAACAAAGGGAUUCUCUUAACGAGAGUGUGGAUAGCAGUAAUGAAUAUAUUGGUGGAAUAACCCAAGUGGGAAUACAUCCUCCGCACACCUGAAUAUAUAAUUGGUAAUAAGCCUAUAUUUGAACUGGAUUGCUUCUAAAGAAAAUAUACAAAUAAAAUCUGCAACACUGACUUGCCCCUCUAUGGUACAAUACAGCAGGAAUGCAUCUCAAAAUGAAGUAUAUGAAAUGGUGCAGAUGGUAGAAAAUCCUUAUAGUAUUAUAAAUGGGAAUUAAACACAUAUGGACCUGAGCCUGUAAAUGACUGACUCUUAAGGGCAGCAUCACACCUCUCUUGGGAUAGAGCUUGAUGUACCCCCUCUAUAGAAGAGGGAAGGAAGAAAUAAUAGUAUAAUAAUCUAUAAUAGUAUAGAUUGUCUUGGGUUUAUGCGCUUAACAUUUUAGUCCAAUGUUUAGCUCACCUUAGAUGCAGCCCUAAAAUCCUGGCUCUGAGGUGGGAAGGCCCUUUAUGGGGUGACUCAUUCCCCAUCUGUGUAUAGAGAUAGAAGCUGCAGGACCAGAUGCAUUCCAUAAAACAAUUUAACUUGUAUAAACAAUAUUUACUCUGUCCCAGUUGAUACAGUUCUUUUAACUUGCCAAAAUGCAUUUUUCUUGUAUCCAAGCUUCAUCAGUCUGUUGUGUGUGUGUGUGUGUGUGUGUGUGUGUGUGUGAUGUGAGCUUCUGUUCCAUUUUUGUAUCCUUGCACUGGGCCUUCCUCCUGCUCACGUGGGUCCUUCAUGGCCAAUCCUCUGCUUUGUUGGGUAAUCAGUAUCUAUAUAAUACGGUCCUCCUGUGGUUUUUUGAUGGCAAUGCCUGACUCUUGCAUUCCUUGUGACGUUUAAUGUAGUUCACCUGUAUUCCUCGAUCAUCGAAGUGGUGUCGUGAUACUUCACUUUCGCCCGUCAUAUCGGCUAUAGCGAAUUACAUUGCCUGUAUCCUCAACUUGCCAUUCACUCAGUGGUUGUCUUAUAUAAUUAAUUUUUUUUAAUUUUAUUUUUUUUGACUGUUGAUUCAUAGAAAAUAAAGAAAAAUGUCAAAUAUACCAACUUUCUAUUUUGUAGCUUUGUGAGACAUAGAUCUGAAUUCUCAAAGUUUUAUCAUAUAAUUAACGACGCAUGCAUACAUUUCUUUUUGAUGAAUUAAAAAAAACCAAAAAAACCUUGUCACCUAUUGCCGGUACAUAGAUGAUAUAUAUUAAAAAAUAAAUAAAUAAAUAAUACGAGAGGGCCCAAGUAAGGAUCCUGAGUUUUAUUAACUACCUUAAUUCCAAUGAUUGAGGUAUAAAUGUAGCUGUUAAUUUUAGUCAAUUUGUUUAGACCUUGAGGUUUUUAUUGAAGAAGGAAAAAUCAAACCAAGCACAUGUUAUUAUAAAUCUGUAGACUUAAAUGGCCAUACAGAUCUCCAAUUGCCAUUUUCCCCCUUGGUUGUGAGCAACUCCAAAAUCUCAGGUUUUAAGAUUAAGGAGAAAUUGUACAGAUAAAGAGAUUUUCAGAGCAAGCUUUAAAAUUAAAGAAUUUCACUAUGAAAGGCUAGAAAGAAUUGUGUUCGGUGUUGAAUACGCCAAAGGGACAUGCUAUUAAAAUUGAAAGAAGAGAAGCAAGAAAAUAUUGGUCAUGAUCUGUGAUUAUAGCCAAAACAGUAGCCAAUUAAGGAACAUUGUUCAGCAUUUUCCUAUUUUGUUAUCAUUUUUUUUUCUUUUUUUUUAAAAAUCAUUUUUGGAUCCAGUGUUUUUUGAAUAGUUUGAAAAAUAAAUACAGGAUAAUUUUUAGAGGUGCCCCAUGCUUAAGACAAAAAUUAUUAAACCAAAAAAAUGCAUAAAGAGGAGAGAGGAAAAAAAUAUUAAAUGAAGGAAAAGGUUUCUUUGUGGCACAUGGUUGGCAUGUAGGAGUACCCAAAGCAAGAAAAGACAUGAAAGUAAGGUGUUCACUAUAAAAGGUUGAAGUGUUAUUCCACAAACAUUUAUUAUGUGUAUGUGGGACAAACAAAAUGCAACUUGCACCCACGUAUAGAAAAACAUAUCCACAAUUGAAAUUAUCUUAAUUUUUUUUUUUCUGAAGCACGUAGUGUAUCGUAUGUAGAUUUGCCAUUCUCAUGAAUACAGAGAACUUCAGGAAAUUGGAGGGGAUUCCAUAAAAACACUUGGCCAAACCGAUAAGUAGAUAUUUGACCUCAACACUUUAAAUCCAGCAGAUCUAAAUAUAGACUUCGAAUUGUGUCACUCUCUAUAAAACCUUUAAAGAAUUUUUGGAACAAAAAUACUGUCAUAUAUUAGGAUACUUUUAGUAAAUUAAAUACAUUUUUAAUACAAAAGUUUAAAUAUACAUUUUAAAUUCAUCAAUCUAAAUAUAUAUUGUUACGAGCGCUGGUAUUGUAGAUACCCGUUUGCCUAUUUCCUCCCUGAGUGAUUAUAGCUCGCAGUUCGGGUGUAGAUUCGAAUGGUUCCCAGACAAAUGCAGCAUCCAAGCAGUUUCUCCCCAGCAAGUAGACCGUUACCCAAACCUCAGCCUAGGACACACUGCUUUUUAUGCAAGUACCCAUGCAAGGGGCACUCCCACAUGGACCUUGUGGGGGACUCUAACACAAAGUAACAAACCAAUAACAGCAAAGUUACAAAGUAUCAUACAAUCCCUCCUCUCUGCCUGGGAGAUAAUGGAGUCAGAUACUACAACUCUGUUAUCUCCAGGCAGAAAAAACACUUUUCCAAAACACCUAAAAUCCCCAUAGAUGUUAUAUCCCCUGAUGACCCUGAUCUGGGUUACCAACAUAUCCAAAAAUCAUCCAUAUCAGUUCAGGGGUUUUGGAAUUCUAUGGAUAUCUUAAUUUGACCGAUCGCACACGAGGCACCUGCCCAGAAAUAGUUCCAUGAGUCUUGAAACUGAACAAAUACAUGAACGUUACCCCCUGGCUCAUAGUGGCCAUAGUUUGACCGGUGUUCAGGAAGUUGAGUGUCUGAUUUUUAGUUCCAGACACUCGACGAAAAAGUCCCACUACCUACUUUUGUACGAACACAUAGGAAAAGCACUUAAUUCACUGUUCUCCUUGAAGUAAAUGAGCCAGGGAGGCGGCUGGUGUUCGGUAGUUUCAACUACUGAACCAAAAAAGUCAAAGUACCGAAUAAGCAGGGUAGCUUCAUCACAUAUAUGCAUCUUUAUAUUAUGAGCAUGCAUCGUUAAUUGUAUGAUGAAUCUUUGAGACUUUUUAUCUAUGCACCUUACCUGUCUCACAAAGAUAGAAAAUGGGUAUAUUUGACUAUUUUUUUUUUUUUACUUUCUUAUUUUCUAUGACUCCUAACCCUGUCUUCAUGGAAAAUCACACUCUGAGUAAAUGGCAAGUUCUGAGGAUAUAGGUGAUGUAUAUUGCUCUAGCCCAGGCAUAGACAACCUUUGGCACUCCAGAUGUUUUGGACUACAUCUCCCAUGAUGCUAUGCCAGAAUUAUGGGUGUAAGCGCAUUAUGGGGUCCAUGUUUUUAAAUGCAUGUUUACAUAGUAGAUGUAUUUAAAUACAUGUUAAGCAAAUAAACCCAAGACAAUCUACACUAAUGUAUGUUUCUUUCUUCCCUCUUCAAUAUCGGGAGUGCAUUGAUCUCUGUCCUAGAAGAGGUGUAGUGGUGUCUAUUGAGCCAGUCUUUUACAGCCUCAGGUCCAUGUGCGUUGUUUAAUUACCAUUUAUAAUACUAAAGGAUUUGAUACCAUCUUCACAAGUUUCUGCUUUUUGUAUUUCAUAUACUUCAUUCUGAGAUUCAUCCCCCUGCUGUAUUGUACCAUAGAGGGGUAAGCCAUUGUUUCAUGUUUUCGUAUAUUUCAUUUAUAAGCGAUCCAUUUCAAAUAUAUAGGCUCAUUACCUAUCUAACUUUUUGUUUUUGUUUUUUUUCUCCCCUAUUGCACUGAAUGACUGACUAAUUUACAUGUUGGGGUUUAUUUUUGCUAACUCCUCUAUAAAUUAAUGUAUAAUAAUGCCUUUUGACAGCUCGCUUCUAACAGAUGUUUUUAUCAUUGCAGGCGAAAAACCAUACAAGUGUGAAAUGUGCGAUUAUACCUCGGCACAAGGCACCUCUUUAAAAUACCAUUUGCGACACCAUCAUCACUUUAAGAAAGAAGAUGCCAGUGUUAAAGUGAAGCAGAUGAGUAAAACAGUUUCUCAAAAAUCUGCCAACUCUUCAUUAAAAGGAUCCAGGCCAGAUAGUGAGGAAGUGAAUACUCCUAAAGAGGACCGCAAACCUCCAAUGAAACCAUAUAAACUUCUUCAUUCUUUUCAAAACACACCUGGAGAUUUAAAUCCACCUUUAGGAAAUGGGGACCCUGUUAGACCAUCAUUCAUCCUUAAUGGUGAUGUUGAUGAAGCACUACCUGGCCAGUCUUAAUCUGAAGAGAUGGAAGUGACUGAUGACCUUGGACUUCAUCAAGGAAGUCAUGCAACCCCUCCUGUAAAUCUUCUGUCAUUGCCAUUAAAUUUGAGUUUAACUGCUGAAGAUAACCAAAAAUAUUCUGCCACGCUUGCUUUCCUGAACAUUAAUACAUGCCAAUAUUGUAGCUACAAUACUUUGUACCCUGAAGUUUUGGAAAUUCAUAAUAAGCUUUCUCACAAAUCAUGUAUUGCUCUAGAGAAUGGAACCAAAUAUAAAAGCACUGGACCUUCUAUUAAAAAGAGACGUACGGGAUGCCCUGCUGCAUUAAAUGGAUUUGACAUUUCACCCUUACAGCAAGGUGGUCUUACAGCUAAUGGUCCAACAUCACAGCCCAAGCUUCUCCUCAAUGAAAAGGCUAAAUGGGCACCUGCUUUACCCUCUGUACCAGAUCUGAGAAAUAUAGAUCAAGAGAACUAUGUACUGCCAGAAAGACAACACAAUGGUCUUCCGGGAAAUAAUUUUUCUUUAUUGCAGCACGAUUUGCAAAGAAUUUCACAUCUUGUAGAGCGAAUGCAAUAUCCUGAACCUAACCGACCAACUUGCAAUGGAUCGAAAAAUCCCACCGAUGGAAAUACUGUGCAUAAAUCUCAAUAUACAUGGUCUGGUGUAAGAUCAUUUACUAAGCCCAUGGACUCUAACCUAGAGCCGUAUGCCAAGAAGGCUAAGCGCAGUAUGACAAAUGACUUGACAAAUUCUGAUAUGGCCAAAAAAGGAUUUAAUGUUCUGGAUUCCAGUAGUUCUGCUCAGGACACGGUCCCAGGAAAAGCUUCCGGCUUGACAUUGCCUAGCAUAGGGGUUCAACCAACAUGGUCCAAGUGA